AUGGAAAAGGAAAGGAAGCAAUUCGAAGUAACAAGAAAUUCAUGUACGACUAGUAUAAAAGAGAAUUUGGAAUAUUCUACAAAUAUAAUAAAAAAUGUAAAUAAUUUUAUUUUAUAUCCAACAUUAGACAAUAAUUAUAAUUAUUAUAAUAAUAUAUUAUUUGAUGACUAUAUAUAUGAUAAAGAAGGACAACACAGAAAUGAUAUGAAUUAUUCAGGUAAUACAAAUAAUAUAUAUAAUAUAAAUAAUAAUAAUUUGUUAUUAAAUAAAGAAUAUGAAAAAGGUAUGGCAUAUGAUAAAAUUAUUAUGAACCAAAAAUAUUGUAACACUCCUAUUGAUACACUUCACAAUAAUUUCCAAACAAAUAAACUAGCAAAUGUUGUUAAUUCGAUAAAAUUUGAAGAUAAUACAAAUAUUAAAAUUCCUGUUUUCUUAAAAAAUUCUCCUCUUGAUCUCUUAUAUCCUGAGUUUAAUUCAUAUAUAGAACAAAGCUUAACUAAAAAUGAUAACGAACAACAAAGUGAAGAAUAUAACAUGGAAGGUAUGAAAGAACAGGGCAUGAAUACGUCAACAAAUGUGGAUAAUAACAUAAUAUAUUAUAACAACAUAAAAAAUGACAAUGUUAUAUCAAAUGAUAAUAAUAAUAAUAAUAAUGAUAAUAAUAAUAAUCAUUGUUAUAAUAACAAUUUUAAUAAUAUUGAACAAACUAAGAAUAUAAAUAAUUAUCUAUGCAACCACGUUGAUAAUAAUACCAUGAUUAGAAAUAAAAUGUAUGAUUAUUUUGAUAAUGAAAAAAAUAACAUGAUACAUAUAUCGAAUGUCAACGAUAUAAAUAAUAUAUUAUUAAGAAAUGAACAAACUAAUCCUGCAGAUAUUAUAUUCAAUUCUUAUAAAAAUGUAUAUGUAUCUAAAAAUAAAAAAGAUGAUCAUAUCAACACGGAAAUGAAUACACUCAAUGUUUUGAAGGACCAAAAAAUGCCUAUUCUUGAUCAUAAUGAUAGGGAUAAUCUUUUAAGUGUCGAAAAAAAUAUGAGAAAAAAAAUAAAUGUCCUAAAUUUUGAAGAUAACAAUAGUGUUAAUAAUAAUAAUAAUAAUAUUUAUGCUGGUGGUGAGGAUGAUAGUAAUAAUUACACAUUUGAUAAUUAUAAUUUUUCAGAUUAUCCAGAUUAUACCCAUUCAACAAAAUUAUCAAAGAACCCAUUAUUCAUCUCUUUUAUAGACACCACAAAUAAAACGGCAAAGCUAAAAACAUUCGAUAUAAAUAAUAACAAAGAAGUUAAGACAAAACAAUUUUUUACACCAGAAAAAAAGAAAAAAGGAAAUUUUAAAGAUGCGCAAGUGCAAACUAAUGAAGAAGAACUAAAAAAUUAUUUAACUCAAAAUGUUGUCGAUUCGGAUGUAGAACAUGUUUUGAAUAUAAUAAAUAAGAAAACAAAAAAAAUAUCAGAAAAUAUAAGUACACAAGAAAAUAAACAAAUAUCCUCAAACAAUCACACAUUAAAUAAUAAUAAUAAUAAUAAUGAAGAUAUAUUAUUACAAAAUAAUCAAACACAUAUGCAUUCAUCAAAAUAUGAUAUUUCUUAUAAUUUAAUAAAACCAUCUUCUAGCGAUAAAAGUAUCAGUAAUACUACAAACAAUAUAAAUGGCUGUAAUAAUAAUAAUAAUAAUAGUAUUAUUCAUACAAGAAAUAAUAGAAACAAUAAAAAUUCUCAACUACAAAAAUGCAUAAUCGUGUCUAAUAAUAAAUGUUCUAUGAAACAAAAUAUAUAUACAACCAAUCUGCAAGUGUCACAAUAUAAUUUUAAUACACCUCUAAAUAUAAAUGACGAUUAUAUAAAUGGGAUAUAUAGGAUGAAUCAUGAAAAUGGUAAUUCAAAUGUGUAUACACAUAAAAAAAAAAAUAUAUAUAACAAUAAAAAAAAUAACAAAAAUAAUAAUAACAACAAUAAUAAUAAUAAUAAUUAUAAUUAUAAUAAUAAUAAUAAUAAUAAUAACAAUGUUUAUAUUAAACAUCAUAUUAAAACCCAAAUGAAUGAUCCAUCAGAACAUAUUCUUAACAAUACAAAUAAAUGUCUAUCAAAUAUUUCAAAUAAUAAUUAUUCUUAUUAUCCAUAUAAAGAACAAAAAAUAGAAAACAUAUAUCCACCUUUUAUAUAUCAUAUGCUAAAUAUUCCCUCCUAUGAUAGAAAUAUAAACUUGUCUUUUUUAAAAAAAAACCAUCAAAAUAUAGAAAAACGAAUAAAUGAAGAUUCAUCAAAUUUAAAAAGAGAUAUAAACAAAACAAACCAAUCGACAUAUGUUAAAAAUAAUGAACAUAUAAAUAAUAAAGUAGAAGUGAACGAACAUGAAGAUGAAGAUAAAAAAUCGGAAAUUAUAAAUAAUUUAUUACUAAAAAAACUUGACAUAGAAAAAAAAAAAAAAAUAUAUGAAAAAUGGAAAUACGAAAAUUAUUUAAAAGCAACAUUACAUUUAAAACGAAAUAAUCAAUUGAAAUAUAAAAAUAAAGAACAUUUUAAUAUUUUAAAAAAUAUUUAUUAUAAUGAUCAAAAUAAUAAUAUUAUUAAUCCUCAAAUUUUCAAUGAACAUAUGACAAAUAAUAAAAAUCAACAUCUAUUAUAUUCAUCCAUAUCUUUGAAUCAAACAAAUAAUAAUAUCUUAUAUUCUAAUGAAAAACAAAAUAAUUAUAAUAAUGGAAUCAAUGAAGAAAAUUCUAUUAAUUAUAACAAAAAUACAAAAUUAUGUAUAUCAUCAAAUGAUCAUAAUACAAUAUUCGAAAAUUCUAAUAAAUUUCUUCCUCAGAAAUAUGAAACAAAUAAUUUACAUUCUCAAGACAAUAAUGAAACCAGAUGUAGAUCUCUUUCAUACAAGAACAGAUUACAUAAAUUAAUAUUAUUAAAAGAAAGUAUACAACAAUAUAAACUCAUAUCCAAUACAAAAAAUGUUUUAAAUACAAAUCCAAAUAAUCAAAUUGGAAAUAAUAAUACACAUAAUCAUCUUCUACAAUAUAACCAUAGCAUAAGCUUUCAAGAUGAUAUAUCUAACAAUAUAAAUAAUCUAAAAAAUUAUGAAAAAGAAAAUAAAAAUAGUAAUCAAAGCGAAUAUUUUCUAUUAAAUCAAAAAAAACAAAACACUACAAAUAAUCAAGCACAGCAACAAAAUAAUAUCAAAAUUAAAUAUAAUUUAAAAAAACAAAAUAUAUUAAAACAAAAUUAUAACGAUAGAAAUAAUUCUGACCUAAAUUAUCUAGAAAAUAAUAAUACGAUCAAAAAUUAUGUAAGUACCCAAAUAUCUCAAGAACAAAAUAUUUGCAAUCAUCCUUCAAAUACUUUUCACAAUGAAACUAUAGAUAAUCAUAUAAGGAAUACUACAAAUUAUCAUAUGGUAGGUAAACCUGAAGCUGCAACCUCAAAUAAUAAUAAGUUUGUCAAUAAUAAUAAUAAUAAUAAUCAGAAGAAGAACAACAACAACAAGAAGAAGAAGAAGAAAAAAAAAAAUAUUAACGUUAAAAUGAAUAUGAAUGAGAAUAACCUAUUAAAUAAUAUAAACAUCACCCAAAAUAAUAAUAAUUCAAAUAACCACCUUAGAAUAAAAGCCAGUGUAAAAAAUCCAAUCGAAGAAUCAACUAUACAUAAUAUUAAAAAUGAUAAAAGGACUAAACAUAAAAGUAUUAGCAAUAAAAGAAUUUUUAAUAAAGAAUUAUUAAAUAAAGAAAAAGAAAUUCUAAGUGAUACCGAAAUAGAAUUUAGAAAAAAAAAUUCGAUGGAUCAAUUAAAAGAAAACACUCCAACGGAUACAUCCAACACAAAAAAUUUCCUAAGAAAAAAAAAUGGAUCUGGAGGUGGUAAUUAUCUAAAAAUAAAACCCCCCUUUUUUAAAGGAACAAAUACCUCCACACGUUCCAAAUCUACAAACACAAAUAAUGUAGAAAAAAAAAAUUUCGAGCAUGAUUAUUUAACCUCGGAUUAUAAAGUCGAUUUAUCAAUGAGUGAUAAUAUUUUUGAAAAGACAAACGAUGAAAUUAAUUUGGAAAAUAUUGAUCCGAACAAAUGGAUUCAGAAAAUUUUUGGUGAUAUUCACUAA